AUGCGGGGUGUUCUUCAAGUCGCCCUACUUCUGCCUUUGGCCGUGGGGAAUGCGCUUCCCCACGACCGAGCGCAGUUUAAAAAGAGACCCUUCGACCAUGUUGACGACAUUCUCGCAGGCUUGGGUAGCAUCAAGCAGGACCUGAUGGCUGGUGGCGCUGCAAUCAACCAGCAGCUCUAUCAAGCCACUCAAAAGCCCGCGCAGUACGAAAAGUGCAACCCCAGCAACGUCCAAGUGCGGCAGGAAUGGUCUACCUUCUCCAAGGCUGAGAAGAAGGCAUACAUUAGUGCGGUUCAGUGUCUAACUGAGCUGCCGUCAAAGACACCGAAGGAGAUGUGCCCCGGUUGUAGAAAUCGCUAUGACGAUUUCGUGGCCACCCACAUGCAGCAGACCUUCAACAUCCAAUGGCACAAAGAUCCUACAAAGUCGCCUCUGCUCGACGGCUCUGCGACGUCGAUUUCUGGACAGGGCGCUAAAGGAUGCAGCAAUCAGACAUGGACUGGAGUCCCGUCGAACGAUCAACCAGUCAUCAAGAUUCCGCAUGGCCAAGGUGGUGGCUGCGUGACCUCAGGACCGUUCACGAACUUCACUGUCAAUCUCGGACCGUUGGUUCCUGCAUCCAAAUGUGUCCGACCGAAUCCCGAUCCGUCCGGCCUAGGAUACAACCCCCGUUGUCUCAUGCGCGAUAUCAACGGCUUCACCGGAGAGGGAUGGCUGAAGGACGACGACGUGGUUUCUCUGCUCCAGAGUGACGACUACCAAACGUUUUGGGAAGUUUUGCAAGGUGGGCCAAUGGGGAACAGCUUCGCGAACGGUUUCAUGGGCGUGCACACGGCCGGUCACUUUAUCAUUGGCGGCGAUCCGGCGGGUGAUUUCACAGCAUCUCCUGGAGAUCCCUACUUCUUCUUCCACCACUCGUCGAUUGACAGGCUUUACUGGACUUGGCAGAACCUGAAGCCGAGUGAGCGUACAACUGCCUUGUAUGGACCUACCUUUAUCGGAACCCCGACCUCGCCCAAUGCAACACUCAACGACACCCUGAGCAUGGGGGCAGCAUAUCCUGGGCCCAUCACCAUAGAAGAUGCGUCAAGCACCAUGGGCGGACCAUUCUGCUACAUCUACAUUUAG